AUGCAGAAAGGUCUCAAUAGCAAUAGCAAACCAAGUGGGACACAGAUCCUAGUAGCAUCUUCCAUUGGAGUGAUAAUGGCAGCAGCCAUGCAUUACUGUCUCAAGAACAUAAGAUAUCGAAAGAUCGCUCCCCGUAUCAAACUCUCUGAUGAUGGCCACGUCGAGAAGGUUGAGAGGUUCUCCCAUUAUGAUGGUUAUGGUAACAAUAGUAGGAUGGUGGAGGUAAUUGGUGAUGAUGGUAGUAGGGGUAAGGGUAGGAUGGUAGUUGUGGCGGUGGUAGGGAUGUGGUUGGCUGUGGUGGUGGUAGGCGAUGAUGCUAGGCAAAUGGGUUUUGCAGAUAGAAGGCAAUGUCCACACCUUUGCAAGUUAGCUUCUGAUUACAUCAGAAAAGCUGAAGGGUGUGAGGACAACAUAUAUACAUUCUUUGCUGACGAACCAGAUGCAGAUUCCUUGUUCAUAAAGCUAGUUGAGGAGCUUGAGAGGUGCACUCUUAGCUAUUUUGCAUUCCACUGGAGCCAAGCAGAUCAAAUGAUUAGUCAGGUAAGUACUAAUUAAACUCUUUAGCUUCAUGUGAAAUACAACUAUAAUAGACAAAUUCAAAUUCAGGUGCUGGGUGCUGAUGCUGAGCAAAAAAAGAAGCUCAAGCACAUUGUCAUGGAAGCAACAAGGGAACAUAGAUUUAAAAGGGUGAUGAAGAACCUCAAGGUGGCAAGAGUUUUCAAUACAUUGGUGGAGGAGUUGAAAGCUAUCGGAGCUCCAUCAGUUGAUGAUUUACAAUGUACAGACGUGAUGGCUCCGGUGGAUCACAAAGACAGAAGUCCAGUUCUACUCUUCAUGGGUGGUGGGAUGGGAGCUGGGAAAAGUACGGUGCUUAAGGACAUUCUCAAAGAACCAUUCUGGGCAGGUGCAGCGUGGAAUUCGGUGAUAAUAGAAGCAGAUGCCUUCAAAGAGUCAGAUGUCAUUUACAAAGCCCUCAGCUCUAGGGGCCACCACGACAUGCUUCAAACGGCUGAAUUGGUACACCAAUCAUCCACCGACGCAGCAUCAUCCCUCUUGGUAACAGCACUCAAUGAAGGGAGGGAUGUGAUCAUGGAUGGCACUCUCUCUUGGGUCCCCUUUGUUGUGCAGACAAUAACCAUGGCUAGGAAUGUUCACCGUCGCCGGUACCGCAUGGGAGCUGGUUACAAGGUGGGUGAAGAUGGAGUUGUAACUGAAAAUUACUGGGAACAGACGGACGAAGAAAGUGACCAAGAUGGAACUAAGAAAAGAAGACCAUACAGGAUAGAGCUGGUUGGAGUCGUUUGUGACGCUUAUUUAGCUGUUAUUAGAGGCAUAAGGAGAGCUAUCAUGAUCAGAAGAGCUGUGAGGGUGAAAUCACAGUUAAAAUCACAUAAAAGAUUUGCCAACGCAUUUACAAAAUACUGCCAACUAGUAGACAAUGCUAGGCUAUACUCCACCAAUGCUUUGGAAGGCCCGCCUAAGUUGAUAGGGUGGAAAGAUAGAGACAAGACUUUACUGGUUGAUCCAGACGAAAUAAACUGUUUAAAGACGGUAGGCAGGUUGAAUGAUGAAGCAAACUCCAUAUACGAACUCUACAAAAGCCCAAACCCAGCUUAUGAAGCUGGAUCAAUUUGGAAAGACAUUGUUUUGUCACCUUCAAGGUUGAACAUUCAACAAGAGCUCAAGUAUUCCAUCCAGAAAGUUGAAAGAUUGAAAGGAUAAAUGUAUACUGCAAGGUUGCAAUUGCAAACUGCUUAUGUUGCAUGUCCAAAAAGAUGGAAGCUGACGAGGUUUUAGAUUUUCACCUAGUAUCAUCACCAGAGUUAUUUUACCUGCUCUGUAUUAACAAAUUACAGCUUAAAAGUAAAAUUCAUUUCAACUUCAAAAUUCAGUUUAAAAAAAUAGCAAUUGAGUAUUAAACAGCAAUUCUCUGAUGUUGAGGGUGUUUAGGAGUGAGCAAUCUUACAUGCAUAUAUUUAAUGUAUAUCAUACAAAAAUAUGAUAUCCGAAUUGGACAAGAGAGAAGAAGAAAACAACCAACAGCCAAUCUUAAGCCAACUUACGGAGUUUCCAUUGGUUUUAUCCUUUCAAUGGACAAGGAGAACUUUUGUCUAUUGUUGGAGACUUGGAGGAUGCUCCUAAUAUAAAAUACACAUCAAAAUUCUCGAUAUGGGAAUUGCUUGAAUGAAACAAGCAUAUGACCACUAAUGUCUGAAUAUUUUAAGAACAUCCUCCAAGUCAUAAGCUGUCAUUGAAACUUCAUCGGGUUGCAAUUCACUCUUGAGCAGCAAACCAACAAGCAGUUAUACACCAUUAUUGAUACUAGUUAAAUUCUUAUUUUCUCAGAUGCUACAGGAAGUCGC